CACAAAUUCAAAAGAGGCGAAAACAAAAAGUGGAGAUCAAUCAGGUGAAUCUACUACUCUCUCUCUACGCCCAGAGAGAGCAGACCACGCGAUCCUCGAUCCACCGUGCGAGCCCGAGCCGCCGCCGAUUUGUAAUUGGAAUUGCGAAGGGAGUAAUUGCUAUGUAUAGUUGAACUCGAGAGAAGAUAAAUGAUGGAAGUGGAAGGAUCCAACACUUCGAUGAAUCGUUCUCCUCAAUCAUCCUUCGUACGAUCCAAAGCUUUGUAUCAGUUCAAGCAGCAGAAGCUCCCAGCUUGUAAGCCAGUCUUAACACCAACGUCGGUUAUAACCGUGUUUAUGUUGAUGGGUUUUGUUUUCAUUCCCAUUGGCUUCGUUACCCUCCGUGCUUCUCGUGAUGCUAUUGAAAUUGUAGACCGGUAUGAUGUUGAGUGCAUUCCUGAAGAAUAUAGAACCAACAAACUCUCUUACAUUACAGAUUCAUCCAUCCUUAAGAACUGUACUCGCUACUUAAAGGUACAAAAGUUUAUGAAAGCUCCUAUUUUUAUCUACUACCAGCUUGAUAACUACUAUCAAAACCACCGCCGGUAUGUAAAGAGUAGAAGCGAUCAACAACUGUUACAUGGACAGGAGUAUAGCCACACAAGUGCCUGUGAACCCGAGGAGUCAUCUAAUGGUCUCCCCAUUGUCCCUUGUGGGUUAAUAGCUUGGAGUAUGUUCAAUGAUACAUUUACCUUUGCUCGUGAAAGCGCAAAACUGAAGGUUAGCCGGAGUAACAUUGCCUGGAAGAGUGACCGUGAGCACAAGUUUGGAAAGGAUGUCUAUCCUUUCAAUUUCCAGAACGGAUCUUUGAUUGGUGGAGCGAAGCUGGAUCCGAAAGUGCCACUAAGUGACCAAGAGGACUUUAUUGUGUGGAUGCGAGCAGCUGCUCUACUAAGCUUCAGGAAACUAUACGGAAGAAUCGAAGAGGACUUGGAACCAGGGAACGUUGUUGUGUUGAAUUUGAUGAACAACUACAACACUUAUAGCUUUAGUGGGCAGAAGAAGCUUAUUCUCUCCACGUCAAGUUGGUUAGGAGGAAGAAACGAUUUUCUCGGCAUCACAUAUCUCGUCGUUGGUGCCUCUUCCAUAAUCAUAUCCAUCAUCUUCAUGUUGCUCCAUUUGAAAAAUCCGAGGCCUUAUGGAGACAAUUCUUGGAACAAGAAAAGCCUUUCGAGUUGAGAAACUGUUACAUUCUUUCUCUAACAUAUUCCGAUUCCAGAAGAAAAAAAUGGCCAAGGGAAUGAGGUUUGUUCAAACAUGGGGAGAGGUAUCACCAAGGCUUAUCGUUAACAAGAAACAACAACAGCAAUUCUCAAAUUUGCCAAAGCUUGAGACGAUUGCUGAAGAAGGAUGCUGCGUUGAUAGUUUUGGUGUUAGGGCCCCCAAGCGGAUUGUCAUCUUUCUUCCUCUUGUAAUCUCAAUGAUUUUGUACAUGGUUGUGCACAAGAGUAUCACAGGUUCUUGAUUUUUCAUUUUUUAGUUAUAAGUCUUUUUUAUGUGUGAUGGUGAGAAGAAUUCUCAGAUGGGUUGUUAAUGGCAGACAAUCUUAUAUGAGUUUAGGUCGGGAAAGAGAAGUAAUUUUAAUAAUUUAAUCGCA